CACCCAGCAGCCUCUGGUCCAGCGCUGACCCCCAAGCAGGGACUGUGGCAAACAUGGGUGACAUGACCAACAGCGACUUUUACUCCAAAAACCAAAGAAACGAGUCGAGCCAUGGGGGCGAGUUUGGGUGCACGCUGGAGGAGCUCCGCUCCCUCAUGGAGCUGCGGAGCACUGAGGCUGUGGUCAAGAUCAAGGAGACUUACGGGGACACCGAAGCCAUCUGCCGGCGCCUCAAAACCUCACCUAUCGAAGGUUUGCCAGGUACCGCUCCAGACCUAGAAAAGAGAAAGCAGAUUUUUGGACAAAACUUUAUACCUCCUAAGAAGCCAAAAACCUUCCUGCAGCUCGUGUGGGAAGCGCUGCAAGAUGUGACGCUGAUCAUCCUGGAAAUUGCGGCCAUCAUCUCCCUGGGGCUGUCUUUCUACCACCCGCCUGGCGAGAGCAAUGAAGGAUGUGCCACAGCCCAGGCUGGGUCAGAGGAUGAAGGGGAGGCGGAGGCAGGCUGGAUUGAGGGGGCUGCCAUCCUUCUCUCAGUCAUCUGUGUGGUCCUGGUCACGGCCUUCAAUGACUGGAGCAAAGAGAAGCAGUUCCGGGGCCUGCAGAGCCGCAUCGAGCAGGAGCAGAAGUUCACCGUGGUCCGGGCUGGCCAGGUGGUCCAGAUCCCUGUGGCUGAGAUUGUGGUUGGGGACAUCGCCCAAAUCAAAUAUGGUGAUCUCCUCCCUGCCGAUGGCCUCUUCAUCCAGGGCAAUGACCUCAAGAUUGAUGAAAGCUCCUUGACAGGGGAGUCUGACCAGGUGCGCAAGUCUGUGGACAAGGACCCCAUGCUGCUGUCAGGGACGCACGUGAUGGAGGGCUCUGGACGGAUGGUGGUGACCGCUGUGGGUGUGAACUCUCAAACUGGCAUUAUCUUUACCCUGCUGGGGGCUGGCGGUGAAGAGGAAGAAAAGAAAGACAAGAAAGGUGUGAAGAAGGGGGAUGGCCUUCAGCUACCAGCGGCCGAUGGUGCGGCAGGUUCAAAUGCUGCAGAUAGUGCAAAUACCAGCCUAGUCAAUGGUAAAAUGCAGGAUGGCACUGUGGACGCCAGCCAGAGCAAAGCCAAACAGCAGGAUGGGGCAGCCGCCAUGGAGAUGCAGCCCCUCAAGAGUGCUGAGGGCGGCGACGCUGACGACAAGAAGAAAGCCAACAUGCACAAGAAGGAGAAGUCGGUGCUCCAGGGCAAGCUCACCAAGCUGGCUGUGCAGAUCGGCAAGGCGGGCCUGGUGAUGUCGGCCAUCACGGUGAUCAUCCUGGUGCUGUACUUCACCGUGGACACCUUUGUGGUCAACAAGAAGCCAUGGCUACCCGAGUGCACACCUGUCUACGUGCAGUACUUUGUCAAGUUCUUCAUCAUUGGUGUGACGGUGCUGGUGGUCGCCGUGCCCGAGGGGCUCCCUCUGGCCGUCACCAUCUCGCUGGCCUACUCUGUGAAGAAAAUGAUGAAGGACAACAACCUGGUACGCCACCUGGACGCCUGCGAGACCAUGGGCAAUGCCACGGCCAUCUGCUCGGACAAGACGGGCACGCUGACGACCAAUCGCAUGACGGUAGUGCAGGCCUACCUUGGCGAUGUCCACUACAAGGAGAUCCCCGACCCCGGCUCCAUCAACGCCAAGACCAUGGAGCUGCUGGUCAACGCCAUCGCCAUCAACAGCGCCUACACCACCAAAAUUCUGCCACCGGAGAAGGAGGGGGCACUGCCUCGGCAGGUGGGCAACAAGACUGAGUGUGGCCUGCUGGGCUUCGUGCUGGACCUGAAGCAGGACUACGAGGCUGUGCGCAGCCAGAUGCCAGAGGAGAAGCUGUACAAAGUGUACACAUUCAACUCUGUGCGCAAGUCCAUGAGCACAGUCAUUAAGCUGCCCGACGAGAGCUUCCGCAUGUACAGCAAGGGCGCAUCUGAGAUCGUGCUCAAGAAGUGCUGCAAAAUCCUCAACGGGGCAGGCGAGCCCCGGGUCUUCCGGCCCCGUGACCGUGAUGAGAUGGUGAAGAAGGUGAUUGAGCCCAUGGCCUGUGACGGGCUCCGCACCAUCUGUGUGGCCUACCGCGACUUCCCCAGCAGCCCCGAGCCUGACUGGGAUAAUGAGAAUGACAUCCUGAACGACCUCACCUGCAUCUGCGUGGUGGGCAUCGAGGACCCCGUGCGGCCUGAGGUCCCAGAAGCCAUCCGAAAGUGCCAGCGGGCAGGCAUCACAGUCCGCAUGGUCACCGGCGACAAUAUCAACACAGCCCGGGCUAUCGCCAUCAAGUGUGGCAUCAUCCAUCCUGGGGAGGACUUUCUGUGCCUUGAGGGCAAGGAGUUCAACCAGAGGAUCCGGAACGAGAAGGGGGAGAUUGAGCAGGAGCGAAUCGACAAGAUCUGGCCAAAGCUUCGGGUGCUGGCUCGCUCCUCGCCCACGGACAAGCAUACCCUCGUCAAAGGUAUCAUCGACAGCACGCACACUGAGCAGCGGCAGGUGGUGGCGGUGACAGGGGAUGGCACCAAUGAUGGUCCUGCACUCAAGAAGGCCGACGUGGGCUUUGCCAUGGGCAUUGCAGGCACAGACGUGGCCAAAGAAGCCUCGGACAUCAUCCUGACAGAUGACAACUUCAGCAGCAUCGUCAAGGCGGUGAUGUGGGGCCGCAAUGUCUAUGACAGCAUAUCCAAGUUCCUGCAGUUCCAGCUGACAGUCAAUGUGGUGGCUGUGAUUGUGGCCUUCACAGGUGCCUGCAUCACACAGGACUCCCCUCUGAAGGCCGUGCAGAUGCUCUGGGUGAAUCUCAUCAUGGACACGUUUGCCUCGCUGGCGCUGGCCACCGAGCCGCCCACCGAGACCCUGCUUCUGAGGAAGCCGUAUGGCCGCAACAAGCCCCUCAUCUCACGCACCAUGAUGAAGAAUAUCCUGGGCCACGCCGUGUACCAGCUCACCCUCAUCUUCACACUGCUCUUUGUCGGUGAAAAGAUGUUCCAGAUUGACAGUGGGAGGAACGCGCCCCUGCACUCGCCGCCCUCAGAGCACUACACCAUCAUCUUCAACACCUUCGUCAUGAUGCAGCUCUUCAACGAGAUCAACGCCCGCAAGAUCCACGGCGAGCGCAAUGUCUUUGAUGGCAUCUUCCGGAACCCCAUCUUCUGCACCAUCGUGCUGGGCACCUUUGCCAUCCAGAUAGUGAUCGUGCAGUUUGGGGGGAAGCCGUUCAGCUGCUCUCCACUGCAGCUGGACCAGUGGAUGUGGUGCAUAUUCAUCGGGUUAGGAGAGCUUGUCUGGGGCCAGGUCAUCGCCACCAUCCCAACCAGCAGGCUCAAGUUCCUCAAGGAGGCGGGCAGGCUCACGCAGAAGGAGGAGAUUCCCGAGGAGGAGCUCAACGAGGACGUGGAGGAGAUAGACCACGCCGAGCGAGAGCUGCGGCGGGGCCAGAUCCUAUGGUUCCGAGGCCUGAAUCGGAUCCAGACCCAGAUCCGCGUCGUGAAGGCGUUCCGUAGCUCUCUCUACGAAGGUCUAGAAAAGCCUGAGUCUCGAACCUCCAUCCAUAACUUCAUGGCUCAUCCUGAAUUCCGGAUCGAAGAUUCACAGCCCCACAUCCCCCUCAUCGACGACACCGACCUGGAAGAAGAUGCCGCGCUCAAGCAGAACUCGAGCCCGCCGUCAUCGCUCAACAAAAACAACAGCGCCAUCGACAGUGGGAUCAACCUGACGACCGACACGAGCAAAUCAGCUACCUCUUCAAGUCCAGGGAGCCCCAUCCACAGCCUGGAGACGUCGCUUUAG